AUGAAAAAAUUGUUGUUAUUCCUCCUACUGACCUAUUUUUGCUCCACGGUUUUGUCGGCCAGCAUUUUGGACUACCUGUCCUUAGCAACCGAUGAGGUAGAAGCAAAAGACGAAGAAGUUGGCCCCAGCAAUUGCUUGUGCAAUGGGCCAUCUUGCAUUUGCUGUAUCGAUUUCAACAUGACACUCAUCGAUCUCGGUGGACCCGGCUGUGUCCGACUAAAGUACCUCUCGGCGGACGAGGGUAUCGCACUGAACGUAUCCUACGGUGAUAGCGUCCUGCACAGCCAACGCGUCAAGGGUCCGGAUCCGCCACCGACGUGCCUGAAUGUGUUCUCGAGCCUCGCGCAAAUGUGUGCCCGUUUUAGCGAACUGUUGCCUACGGAUGAAGGUUUGCGCGGUUGCCUCCAGCUUGAGCCGAUGCUGCUCGGAGACGUGCAGAUCGAGCUUCCACUCGGUUGCUUCCGGAUGGGCCCGAAAGGCAUGGAGGUGAUUAAAUCGGCCGAAGAGCAGAUAAAGGAGCAGAUUCCCAGUGAAAGCGAGGAAACGCCUGCAACGACGCUCGCGCCAGCGGUGGAAGAGAAACCAGCGGCACCAGCGGGCAACAGUACAUCGGCGCUUUCGCUGCUGGACAACAUUUCCACUGCCGACAUACUGGCGGCGGUCAGUGAAUCGACCGAUGAGGGUAUUGCGAUGAUUUCCAACUGGCUCGGUCUGUCGGUAAAUAGUGUGCAAAAGCCAGCCGCUGCCGCUGCUGGGGCAACGGAAACGGAGAGCUCGACUACUCCCGAAGGCGACAGUGAUAAGAAGGAAGAGGAAGAAGAAUAA